AUUCACUCCCAUUCAAACCAUAAAAAAGAAAAAAAAAAAGGGCCAAGACAUGAAGUGCCUCCAGUUUUUGGCCAUCCUUAUGCUUGCUCUUCUCUUCGCUACUGUUUCAGAAACAACUCGAGUGAGGACUCAAAUAAGGGUUUGUGGCUUCUCACAGGGCACCAACAAUUGCACAGACGCAAACUGCAACGACCUCUGCCUUCUAAAGUUUGGAGACGGAGCAGGUGGUCUAUGUCAGCCGGACGGCAAUUGUAUUUGCUUCACACCCUGUUGAGCUACGAGUCUUUCCAUAUGAUUGAAUAAAUUGGGGAUUUAAAA